CAGCCAUCUCUCUGUUUGAUGCUUCAGCGCUGACGGGUAGGAAACGAGGCGCCCAGUGGAUGGGCAGAGUGACGCCAGCAUCAGAGCUGAGCAGCCGAGGAGCGAAUAUGAAUUCUUCACAAGAGAUCAGCUCCUUCCGUCCCUGCGGUUCCCGAACCGGUUCUUGGAACGACUCGUUGUCAGGAUGCUGGCCGCCGUGCGGCACUCUGUCCUGAUGAGCCGCUGGCUCCCCGCCACUCUGGCUCUGCUCCUCCUCCUCCUCUCCUGCAGCUUCAGCAGCGCUCACAGCACCACAGUCGAGCACAACUUCCACAUCGUGCACAACGUCGACAACAGAAGUCCAGAGAUCGACCCGUUCUGGUACGUGGGUCGCGGGGUCAGACCCAUUGGCCGCUUUGGGAAGAGGAGUGACGGUGCCGCGGUGCAGCCAGUUGUCCGGACGCUAGAGCUCCUCCUCAACAGCCUCAGGAACAAGGAGAACCUCGAGAAGGUGCUGGAUGGGGAGGACAGGGAUUGGUUACCAUGACAACAAGCUCUCAUCCAGCCAAACCUUAAAGUCUUAUUUUUUAUCUUGACAAAAGUUGUUCAUUUUUAUUCUUCUUAUUCUUAAAUUCUUGUUUUUCUCUUUGCUGUCUGUCAUCAAGAACAUGAUUCAAGUACAUGUACAUUAAAAAGUCUAUAUAUUGAAUAAUAAAUGAUAAUAUUAUGAG